UCUGGGUAUUUCAAUUUUGAUGUAUUUGGUUAUUCUGUGUAGUAGUAGUGCUUUCAUCAUUCUUUUGCUAGUUCUGGAUCUAAGAGUGCUGUGACAUCAAAUGAGACCAUGAUUUCAUCUCUAUCUAUAGUCAGCUCUUUGAUUCUUUGGAGGCACUGUAGUGAAUGUUCAGGGAAUAUUCAUGUCUCUCUGUGAGAUAUCUAAGCUUAUUUGUCAGGGUGUUUUUUUAGCAUUGUUGUAGUUUGGAGGGAAUAAGCAUCUUGCUGAAAUACCUUUGGUCAUCCUUUGAAUCAACAAUACAGUAUAAGAACAGUGCCCAGCAAAGUAGAGGAAGGAUAGCAAAGUAUUGAAGGAGAAUAUUCUGCAUGGAAGACUUCACAGCAUUAAGAAAUGUUAGAAUGAGUAAUCUAAUUUGGAUUGUUGUCUACUUCCUACUUGGCACAGCAGAAGCCAAUGAAGUCUGUUAUGAAACAAUAGGCUGCUUUUCUGAUAAACCCCCUUGGUCAGGAAUACCUGGGAGACAGCUGUUCGGCUUACCGGCAUCUCCAGAAAAGAUGAAUAUUUCUUUCUCACUUUUCACAAAAGAAACUGGAAAUCUCUCACAAAAAAUAUUGUACAAUGAAAUAUCAAGUCUCCAAAAUUCUAACUUCUCCCCAUUGAGGAAAACCCGCUUUGUUAUCCAUGGAUAUACAAGCACUGGAAAAUAUGGCUGGGUAGUGGAGCUGUGUUUGCUUCUGGUAGAUAUGGAAGACAUUAACUGUUUUGCUGUUGACUGGGAAGAUGGAGCUAAAUGCACCUAUUUCAUUGCUGGCAGCAAUAUCCGUGUUCUUGGAGCAGUGAUAGCUAAAUUUAUCUUUACUAUGAAGAAAAUCUAUCGGUAUUGUCCUUCCAAAGUCCACCUCAUUGGCCAUAGUCUUGGUGCUCAUACUGCUGGAGAGGCAGGAAGACGACUUCAAUAUGUUGGAAAAAAAUCUCCUGCCAUUGGAAGAAUAAGCGGUUUAGACCCAGCAGCCUUUGGUUUUGAAGGAUUCCCUGAGAUGGUCCGGCUAGAUCCUUCUGAUGCUGGAUUUGUGGAUGUCAUACACAGCAAUGGUGCCCGAUUUCCUUUAGGACUUGGGAUGUUUAAUGCCACUGGUGAUAUGGAUUUUUAUCCCAAUGGUGGAAAGCUUAUGGUUGGAUGUAAAGAUGUAAAACAGGAUCAGGAACAGGAAGAGAUUCGUUCGGUUGGAAAUUGCCAUCACUCACGAAGCCAUGAGUACUACAAAUACAGCAUUCUCUAUCCUAGUGGGUUCCUGGCCUAUCCCUGCAAAUCAUACGAAUCUUUUCAAGCGGGAAAUUGCUUUCCAUGUCCCAAAGAAGGCUGCCCAGUAAUGGGUCACUAUGCUAAUCAAUCCCAUGAUAAAAUGAAGAAAAGAAAUCAAAACUACUAUCUAAACACAGGAUUUAAGGAACCCUUCACCAGUUGGCGAUAUAAUAUAUCUGUCAAACUAAAUGGAAUGAAAUAUGUGAAAGGAGAAAUAAAUAUAGUUUUCCACAGUAAAAAUGGAGAUAUGAAGGAAUAUCAGAUUAUGAGGGGUAGCCUUAACCAAGAACAAAUCUAUUCAAAGCUCACAGAUGUAGAAAUUAAUCCAGAAAAUGCUUCAAGAAUUGAGUUUGUUUGGCACAAGCAAUUCUUUACUGUCUUUUGGGCUCAACUAGGAGCAGAAAAAGUAAAUCUUACCCGUGGGCAGGAUGGGCGCAAGACUUCCCUUUGUGGCCAUGGAACAGUAAAAUAUGAAGUUCCUCAAAUGCUUACACCUUGUGGAAAACUAAAGGAGACAUAAUCAUAAAUUGUAAGAGUAAUGAGGAACAGCUUCUUCACGUGGCCUCUGAAAGAGCUUGAUGGUUUGAAGUAUGACCUAUUGAAACAAAUCUUCUGUCAUUUCUUUUCAUCGUCUCAGCUCGGAACACAAUCAUCAUAAUUGUUUUAGGUAUAAUAAAACAAUAGGUAUCAAUUUCUGUUUCAAAAGAAAUAAAAUAGGCAUAAAGCCUGUGUGGUGUGUGUGUGUGUGUGUGUGUGUGUGUGUGUGUGUGUAGAGAGAGAGAGAGCAAACUAUGAAUAGAAAAAAAUAAUGAAUGCUGUUUAGGAUACGGAGUAUCUUUACUUGACAAGAUACUUCUCUGUAAAUUUGCUUUUUAAUUUUAUGCAUAGAUUCCAAGAUUUGAUGUGCUCUGAUGAGUUUAUGUUUAUAAAGUGUAAUUUGAAUAGCGAGAAUUUGCAUCUUUCUCUUCCUUUUCAGAGGUUUUGUUUAGAUUGUUGGAGGCAAUAUGCUGAUUCUGUAACCGGUUUAGGCAGGGCUGUAAAGCACUGUGAAGCAGUAUAUAAGUCUAAGUGCUAUUGCUAUUUGCCUGCUUGAUAGGGCAAAGAAUGUAUUUAGAUGAAUUCCAAAAUGUUUAUCAGUUGUCUUCACUUAUGUGCACAUAGCAAAGAAUACAUUAAAGAUUUGGAUUCAUGGUUCCUUCUACCCA